CUGGCACAUUUAGGUCACAGCCUUAGGUUAGGCCUCCGCUGGCUCCGUGGGCAUGGCUGGAGGUCGCGGCUCCGCUCACCUCGGGGGCUCCGGUCCGGGCCGCGGUCCCCGCCAGUACCCACGGGCCGAUCGGCGCGCGCGCACGUGUCCCCCCUCCAUGCCGCCCCCACACUCAUCCGCGUAAACUACAAACAGUGCUCAAGUGUUGUUCAGUGCACCCACCACUUCGAUGUUUGUUCAAUCAAUCAAUUUGAAGUGACCCCAAGUGCAAGGAUUGCCUCACGCAGCGCCCAAAGACACAAGAUGGCGCUAGCGUGGCUGGUGCUGGCGUGCGUGGCGGCGGCGCGCGCGCAGUCCAACUACGGCUCUCAGGCCAACAACAUUGAGUACCAGGGGGAGGGGCUGCCCGAACAGACCAUACUGGAUGGCAAGGUCACAAAACUAGAUGACUUGAGCCCAGUCAUAUUUUUAAAUCGAACGAAAGCGGCCCUGAACUGCGCUGCAGGAUCCAUGCAGAUGGAGAUGAAAUUCAACGAAAAGUUCUACGGCAUAGCGUAUGCCGACUUCGACCGACACUCGGCGUGCCAAGUGGUGGGCAAGGGGGCCACGUCGUACAAGCUGGAGCUGCCGCUGAAGGGAUGCGGGACCAGACAGGAUCCCCUACGCGUGUUCACCAACAACAUCGUGGUGCGGUUCCACCCGGGGCUGGAGAUGGACGGGGAUGAAGUGAUCACCGUCGUGUGCCGCUACCCGCCGCCCGUCGUGCCCAAGCCCGUCUUCAACCCGCUUCUUGCUGCCCCCGAAGUCCCGUCUCCAGUCCGCGCCCCAAUAGCUGGCACCCACAUCCUGCUGAUCAUCUGUGCGAUCCUGUUCCUCACGAUGCUGCUGCUGGGGCUCGGCGUGUCCUACCUGUGUCUGCGCAGGCGCGCGCUGCCGCCGCCGCGCAGGCUCAUCGAUGACUCUUCUGCUAGUAUCAUCAGCAGGGAGACUAUACAAGAGGUGAAGAUCCCCCGAGCCCACCCGGUCUACCCCGUCGCGGCAGAGAGUGCCAGCGUCAGCGAGUCCAUCCCCUCGGACUACCCCUCGGAGACGCCCAGCGAGGCCGAGCAGAUGGUGCACACGAACCAGGCCUUCAUACUUGAGGAGAGCUACCAUAGCGAAGGCUACGGCGAAACGAUCGAAACCUCCCAAUCCGCGGCGCGCAUGGCCGCCCCGCCCGCGUUCGACGUGCGCGUGCGCGUGACGCGAGCCCGCGGAGCCCCCAGCCCCGUGGACAGUGAGAGCGUGACGGAGACUGAUGGGACUAGCUUACGACAAACGAUGACAAUAGAAGAGUACGAGCGCGGCGAGUCGGUCCGGACCGUGUCCCCCGCGGCGCUGCCGCUGCCGGCCCGCGCCGCCCACCGCGCGCCGCCAGCCCGCCCGCCCAGGCCGCAGCCUGUGCAGGAGUGGUCGCGCCGCCCGCGGUCCAUAGUGUCUCUGAACACGGAGGCCACGGACACCCACUCGGUCACUGAGAUCACGGACCGCACCCACGCACGGAUGUUCCAUGUUCAUAAGAAGGCGCCGCCGCCGCCGCCGCCGGUGUCUCGUCAUACGGAGCACAUGCAGCUGCACGAGGAGGAGCACGAGACGCUCAUGCAGAGCCUGGAGCAGGCCCCGGAGACGCCCAUCAUGCCCGCCAGGAAACCGGAGAUCACGUCGCACGUGGUGGACGACGUGUUCCUGCGCACCAUCACCGAGAAGAAGACGAUCGAGGACAUCGAGCGGCACAAGAGACUCGUCACCGAGUAUAAACAGGUGCCGGCGCCGCCGCCGCAGUUCGACGUGACCAUCCGCAACCACACGCUGCCCGACGCGCAGUGGGAGAACUUCUCCGACAUCAGCUCUGCAUCAGGCAUGACGCUCACGCCUAAGAUGGAGCGGGUUCCGAUGUCUCUACCGCGAGAUUAUAAUAUCGGUUCAUCAGGCCCCGACCUGUUCUCCCCGGAGCUAGUAGCCGGCAUGGGCUCCCUGCCCGAGCUGCCGCCCGCCGUCAACCCGCUGUACCGCGAGAGUGAACCCACGCCGCCGCUGCACCAGUACUACCAUCUGGUAACCGAAUCCACCCAACUCACGGAAACCGAGCGCCAGCGCUGGCACUCCCUCACCACCAACGACACGUCGCUCCGUCGCGCCCUGUCUUCAGUGUCGUCGCGCGAGCAGCUGUCUCUUGUCGCCCGCGACCCGCGCCACGCGCCGCUGUUCGCGCCGCACACGUGGCAGGUCAUAAUGCAUGUGCUGCAGCCUCCUCCGCACCAGGACAAGCCCAAGAACCGCUACCGCAAGAAGUCCGAGUGGGACUCUCGCUCGCGCCGCAGCUCGCUGCCCACGCUGUACGAGUACGACAGCGACGCCACCUCGCUGCGGGACCCGGCGCGCAGCCGCCGCUCCUCGUACCGCAGCGACCACCACGACAUGAGAUCAAUGUCCGAGAUGAUGGUGUCCUACGGUCGCGAGCAGGCGGACUCCCAGAGCGAGGUGUCGGGGGGCGCGCGCCUCGGCCGCGACUGCGACUCCGACAGCGAGCCCGACCACGACAACUCCUGGUCCCGCCACUCGCUCCACCGCUCGGUGAGCCAGCCGUCGCUGGCGCGCUCCAACACGGAGGUGGUGGAGCAGUGGACGCACCCUGACCCGGACCGCACGCCCACACCUGGCCGGCGGGUUACUGGACAGCAAGGCCUCAGCACGUUCACAUCAUCAGAGGUCCGCACGUUCCAGGCGACUCGAGGGUGGCGUGAGUAGAACCACAUAAUGUACCGAAUGAUGUACAAAUAUGCCGCUAUGUAGUGUCAAGAACCAAGCGGCAUUCUGCACAGACAUAUAUGACACUAGAUUCCCCAAGUGUACGUACUGCGCGUGUCAGAAGUUUGAUGAUAACUUCCGUCCAACUGUCAUUAUCAGUGUCAAAAAUAAUAAUUCCUAUACAAAUUUAGGCACGCCUGGUUUUCAUAUAAAUGAGUGCAUUUGUGGCAUCUAGUCAUAAUAUGUCUGUGGCAUUCUGCCAUUUUUAGAAACAGAUGACCUCUGGCUUAAAGCUGGAGAAAAUACGGCAUUGAAUUAUAGACCGCACUUCGCAUGAAAGCAAUACCGCGUAUUCGAAAAAAGUGCAGCCCGUUGUGUAAAUGUUGAAAGGCAUAAGGUUGGUGUAUUAAAUACUUCACUAGAAUUGGUAGGACAAACAUGUGAUUCAUAUAUUUUGGAAUGCUAAAAUUGGGAAUGAAGCAUUUUGUAUUGUUUAAAAUAAUAAUUGCGUAAUAUUUGUGUACUCAAGUGAUCUAUCACUGCCCAACUUAUAGUGACAAAUUAAGAUAUAAUUAUUAUACCUAUGUAUUUUCAUUUAUAUUAAAAGGCGUAUUUUAACGCUUAUUUACUUAAUAAUAUUAUUAUAUAUUAGUUUAGUUAAUAUUCCGUCCAGUUGUAACGAUUUACCUGCUAUUAAGUGACAUAAUAUUUAGAUUUUAAGUCCAGUAAGUAAGUACUAUAUUUUAUUAUAAGUACCUACAUAAUAUAAUAUAUUAAGUAUAUAGAUCUGGUUAUUGUAUUAUGUUUUACCGCGUAAAUACAUGAAUUGAAACUGCAGCUUACGUAUUAGUUUUAGAUGUAGACUUUACUACUAACGUGCCAAAAUAUUG